AUGCGUAAAGAAAGAAACAUAAAUGCACUUGAAUUGAGAAAAGUACAAAAAUUGGUGAGUAAUUCUAAAAAAUCAUCUUUCAUUAAAGACUUAUGUUCUGCAAUGCUAUCAGCCAACAUACCACUUAAUAAUCUAGGUAACGUUCAAUUCAAACAAUUUUUGGAAAAAUAUACGAGGAAACAAAUUCCGGCCAUUACUACUUUACGCAAACGCUAUGUCGAUGAAAUUUAUUCUGAAACUAUGAAUAAAAUUAGAAAUGAUAUCACUGGUAAAAAGAUCUGGGUAUCAAUAGAUGAGACCACCGACUCAUCAGGCCGAUUCAUUGCAAACGUAGUAAUCGGUACUCUUGAAACCGAUGGUCCAGGCCAAACAUUUUUAUUGAAUUCCGAAGUACUGACCAAAGCUAAUCAUUCGACAAUUGCGAAAUUAUUUGAUAACUCAAUGCAUCUAUUGUGA